CAAAAUCGAAUUAAGAGUCAGCUGUACACUCAACCCCCUGAAAAAUUCUCCACACUCUCAACUCCCACUUUACAGUCAACUGCACCACCAUCAAAAAAACCCAACUGACCUUCAAAACGCCAUUUCUGAUUCCUCCAACUCCAAUCUCUAAUGGCAUGGCAAAAUCGGCAAUAAUAAUCUCCCUCCAAAUCCUUUCCACUCUCCUCUUCUUCUUCAUUACCCCAUUUUCUCUCUCCUCUAACCCCUACCCAACUCACAGAUCCCUCCUCACAAACCCCAACCCAAACCCCUGCUCAAUCUUCUCCAUCAAUGGCGGAUUCCUCAACUAUCUCUCUCUUCACACCUGCUUCUUCCCUUCCAACCCCACUUUCUCUCUCCUCAUCCUCUUCCUUACCCUUUUACUCCACUUCUACAUCCUCAUUAAAACCGCCCAAACCCGCUUUUCUCUCAUCGUCACCACCCUGUCUUCGCACCUCUCUCUUUCCCCCUCCAUGGCCGCCGUUACACUCCUCGCCUUAGGAAACGGCGCUCCCGAUGUUUUCGCGUCCGUUGCCGCCGUUGCUGGGGGAGAAACUCGAACUGGGUUUGGGGCUAUUCUGUCGGCGGGGACUUUUGUAUCAGCUUUUGUUGUGGGGUUUGUUGGGAUUUAUGCGGCGCCGUUUAGUGUCGAUCCGUCUUCGUUUGUGAGGGAUGUGCUGUUCUAUUUGAUGGCUGCGUUUCUUCUGUUUUAUGUGUAUUUGAGCGGGGAAUUGUAUUUUUGGCAGGCUAUUGGAUUUGUUGGGUUUUAUUUGUUCUUUGUUGGGUUUGUGUUUUGGAUGGAUUUUGGAAGUGGGAGUAAGAAAAUUGUUGAUUUUGAGGCGCAAAAUUGUGUAGAAUUGUUGGAUUCUGAAAAGGGUGAUCAUCAAGUUCAUGGGAAAACUUCUGGGGUUUUUCCGGCUUUAAAGAAGAUCUCAAAGAUAUGGGAAGUUCCAGUCUCUCUACUUCUGAAGCUGACGAUUCCCCAGAGUUCUCCAUCAGAGUGGAGCCGAUUUUAUCAGUCAGCAAAUAUCGCUCUUUGUCCACUUGCACUUCUUUACUCUUGCAAAUCAUUUAUGCACAUGUCACAUCCCGUCAUAUUUUUGUUUCCACAAAUGCACCUUCCUCUAUGGUCUGUGGUGUUCUUCUCAAGCUCCUCUUUAGCAAUAGUUCACUAUAUUGUUGAAAAAGAACCUCCCAAAACGGAGAAAAUCCAUGUUGUGCUAGUGGCCUUUGUGAUGAGUGUCUUCUGGAUAUCCAAUGUGGCUGGAGAACUACUCAACUGUCUUGCAGCAUUAGGACAGAUUCUCAACUUGCCACCCUCAAUUCUUGGACUGACGGUGCUUGCAUGGGGGAACUCAGUUGGCGAUCUUGUUGCUGAUGUGGCAGUUGCUAAAGCAGGACAGCCUGCAUUGGCUAUGGCAGGGUGUUUUGCAGGCCCGAUGUUUAACAUGCUCAUUGGGCUUGGGACAGCUUUACUGAUACAGACAGCCAAGGUCUCUCCUGAACCAUAUGUGCUCCAUUUCCACGUCAGCAUUGUGAUAGCAUUUGUGUUUCUAUUUUUGAGCUUGAUGGGGUCACUUUUAGUUGUGACUUGGUCUAGAUUCCGGGUUCCAAGGUUCUGGGGUUUCUGCCUUGUUGGCCUCUAUGUUAUCUUCAUCUUUGUGAGCCUAAUCAUAGCCAAGUUUUCAUCUUAAUUUGACUUGCAAAGAUCACUUGUGAUGAUGAUACAAGGGGCAAAAUAACCGUCCUCGUUUGCAAGUGCUAGGUGAGGCAAUAUGGGGUGUACUGAUGCCGUUACGCUGAAGAUUGGUCGUUGUGCAUGUUAUAAUCUGCUAUCAAAAUCCAGAGCAAAAGACAAGCAAGGUCACUGGUUCAAACAGUAAUCAAACUAAAAGCUGCUAGUACAUUGAACUCUGGAAGAAACUGAUGGUCGAUUAUAGGAGUAUAUAGGCUUCCUCUGUUGCAUUUAUAGGAGCUCUUCUGAUGUUAGCUGCUAGUAAAAUACACUGUAUAUUAUACGACCAAAGGUGAUUCUUUUGGGAUGAUUGUGUAAAGGUGUGCCUGGAUUGGGGGUAAUAGAAAGGGUAGUCAUUCGGGGCGAGGAGGAGGGGGUUGAAUCCUGGCUCAUUUUUGUUGGCUGGAGAGGGGGUAGAAGUUAGGGAAAUGUCAUCUAUUUCCCCGAAUGUAAUUGAACAAAUAUACUUCUGAAAUGAAAUCUGUUAUCAGAGGUCAAAAUAUCAUACUCCCUCCGUUUCUUUUUGUUUGUUA